AUGAGCCCAGCCACACCACUGCGCGUCUCCGUAGUUGGAGCUGGUAUCGGAGGACUGGCCGCUGCGAUUGCGCUUCGCAGAAGUGGACAUCUGGUCCAGAUAUUCGAAGCUUCGGAGGCAAAGAGGGAAGUUGGAGCUGGAAUCGGUUUGCAGGUCAAUGCGUUGCGGGUACUCGAGCACCUCGGUGUUAGAAGGGAAAACCUCAGAGGCGUCGACUAUGACGGGAUCACAAAUUUUGAUUCCGAAACUGGGGAGGGCGCCGCUCGGCCAUGGCUCAUCGCAGACGUUGACCAAAACCGCAGCAUCCUAUGCCAUCGCGCCGAUGUCCAUAAUGAACUCAAACGCAUUGCUUGCGACAACCCUGGCCCAGGAACUCCAGCGGAGCUUCUUCAGGGUAGGAGGGUUAUCGACUGUAACCCUGACACGGGUUCGAUUACCUUGGGGGAUGGCUCAGUCGUGGUUUCAGACCUUGUUAUUGCGGCAGACGGCGUUCAUUCAACUUUGCGUGCCAAGGUCCUCGGUUACCCCCAACCUGCCUUGGCAUCUGGCAUUUCCUGCUUCAGGACGGUCUUCGAUGCGAGGAAGUUGGACACUCUCUCCGACCCAGAGUGGUUUACUGCAGGUACCGGUGUCUCUGGUCUACGAGGGAUCCUCGUCAAGGACUCCAUCAGUUAUAAACUGAUUGCCGCUUAUUAUUGUCGCGACAAGACUGUGGUGAAUGUCGCGGCAGUAUACGAGGAUCCAACACAGGACGCUCCAGAAUGGUCUCCAGCGGGCUCGAGCGCCGAGCUGCUUCAGACAUACCCGACCCUCCACCCAAAAUUCCGCGCGUUCAUCGCGCUAGCAGAACACGACCAAAUUCUCAAGUGGCGGCUUCGCGUUCUCCCAGCGCUGCCUACCUGGACUCGGGGCCGGACGACGCUGCUCGGUGACGCAGCCCAUGCGACCCUCCCCACGCUUGGACAAGGUGCCGCUCUCGCAAUCGAAGAGGCCGGGGCACUCGGGUGUUUAUUCCCUCCGGGAACGCAACCGCAACAUGUCCAAGAGAGACUCAAGGCCUUUCAAAAACUCAGGAAGCCGCGCGCCGACUUUGUCAAUCGGGAGGCAAUCUCGCAGGUCAUGGAACCGGAAAAGCGGGGGUUGUAUCUUCGGUCCCCCGAGUUGCAAGCGUAUCUUGUUAGCCACAAUGCUAUCAAAGAAGCACAGGAAUAUUUUGCAACAUUGUCCAGGUUAUAA